AUGAGUCACAGCGUACCCCGUUUCCAGCAGCGCAGCUGUGUGCAUUCCUCCGCGCUGGUCAAUGUUCCUGCAGACGGCUCCUAUGACACCGCAAACCCUGGCUACAUCCGCAAAUACCUUCGAUCGUACGGUCUGACGCCUCCGCGCGUGGAAAGCUAUGAGACACAAAAGACAAGAUGCUUGAGGCAGCUUGCUGUGAAAGCAACCGCCAUCGACAAGUUCCUCUACCUCAGCACUCUACGCCGGAAUAACGUCCAUCUUUUCUACCGUUUGGUUGUAGACCAUUUAAAGGAACUCACCCCGCUGAUAUACACGCCCGUUGUGGGUGAAGCUUGUCAGAGAUGGUCCGAAAUAUACCAACAGCCUGAAGGUUGUUUAGGAAUGUAUAUCAGUUACGAGGAUAGAGGCAAUAUUGCAGCUGUCAUCCAAAAUUGGCCCCAGCCACAUGUCGAUAUUACCGUUAUCACGGAUGGCUCUAGAAUCCUUGGCUUGGGAGACCUUGGCAUCAACGGAAUGGGUAUUCCCAUUGGAAAGCUUGCCCUAUACACCGCCUGCGCUGGUAUCAGGCCGGAAGCCACUCUGCCUCUAACCCUAGAUCUGGGAACGAGCAAUAAGGCGUUGAGAGAAGAUCCUCUUUAUCUAGGUAGUCGUCGAAACAAGGUGAGCCCAGAGCAAGAAUUGGAAUUUAUGGACGAACUGAUGACCGCUCUGACCGAGAAAUGGCCUGGGCACUCUCUUUUACUUUGUCUUGCUAAUAAGAUACUCAGCGUUGUCAUUCAAUUUGAAGAUUUCAAGAACCCAUUCCCAGCUCUUGAACGGUACCGCCAUAGAUUUACCUGCUUCAAUGACGACAUCCAGGGAACCGGUGCGGUUAUCCUUGCUGGAGUCAUAAAUGCCGUAAAACAAUCUGGCAUUCCGGCUAAGGAGCACAAAGCCGUCUUCCUUGGAGCAGGAAGUGCUGGUGUUGGUGUCGCCAAGCAAAUUGUCGAUUUCUUCGUUCGCGAAGGAAUGACGGAAGACGAGGCCAAGGCCUGUUUCUACCUCGUUGACACUAAGGGUCUCGUGACGGCGGAUCGAGGGGAUCAACUUGCCUCGCAUAAGGUUUACUUUGCACGAACUGAUAAUCAGGGCCUACAGUUAAAGACAUUGAGUGAGGUUGUUGAUCACGUCAAGCCCACCAUGCUCAUGGGCCUGUCGACCCUGGGAGGUGUAUUUACCCCAGAGAUCCUCAGAAGUAUGGCCUCCUUCAGCAAGCGACCCAUAAUCUUCCCCCUCUCGAACCCGUCCGCGAACUCGGAAUGCGACUUCGAAUCUGCCAUCAUACACACCGAUGGCCAGGCAUUAUUCGCCUCCGGCUCUCCCUUCCAGCCAUUUUCCUAUAAGAACUCCGCUGGACAGAUAAAGACUUACUACCCAGGUCAGGGCAACAACAUGUACGUCUUCCCCGGUAUCGGUCUGGGGACCAUCCUUAGCAAGGCCGUCGAAGUCACCGACAGCAUGAUCUACGCAUCCGGCGAAGCUCUCUCCAAAACCCUUACCUCAGAGGAACUCGAACACGGCCUCCUCUACCCAGACCUCACCCGGAUCAGAGAUGUGAGCGUCAUCGUAGCACGCGGAGUCAUCCGCGCAGCGCAGGAGGCAAAGGUCGAUCGGGAAACGGGCAUUCGCGAUCUGAGCAAUGCAGACAUGGAUGCCUGGAUCCGGUCGAAGAUGUACGCGCCACAUUCCGAGGUUGCGUCGUUGGAGCGCGAGGUGGGUAUCCUGCUCUCGUCGAUUGGCCGGCCGAGCUAUAAUAAUAAUAAUGGCUGGGAGAUGGUGUCAGAUGAAGAUGCGAAUGAUAAGGGGGCUAAGUUGUGA